GGUGAACCGAAAGCGAUUCGCCCUCGCCCGAACACCGAACGUAAAGACCAAAAGCCCCGCGCCCGAAGAAAACCCAACAGGCGCUUCGGAUCCGAUAGGUGGGUUCGGUGCACGAUGGGGAUUUGCAAUGCGCUUACCACGUUUCAGCGAGCGAUGAACAUGACGUUCCAGAAUUUCGUCAAUAAGACACGGCUGACACAAGGGAUGAUUAACUUCUGCGUCAUCGUGUACAUGGACGAUAUCCUGGUCUAUUCAAAAACUUAUCACGGGCACGCGCAACAUAUCGAAUGGACAUUGGGCGCGUUAAGAGAUGCUGGGUUCAAGAUUGCACUCGAGAAGAGCGAAUUUUUCCUCUCGGAAAUUUCGUUCUUGGGCUACGUCGUGACACGUGGAGGACUACGACCGGACUCAAGAAAGGUUGCGGCGGUGAAAGAAGCCCCGGUUCCCACGUCACUGACGCAGGUUCGGGUCUUCUUGGGGUUAUCAUUGUACUACCGACGCUUCAUCAAGGGGUUUGCCGCGAUUGCACGACCACUAACGAAUCUGCUACGGAAGGACCAACCUCUCAGUUGGGACGCGGAGUGCCAGCAGACCUUCGCAACCCUCAAGGACGCUCUGGCGACGACCCCUAUUUUGAUUCGGUCGGACCCCUCGAAGCAGUCCAUUCUCAUCACGGACUGGCAACCGGAAGCUAUUUCCGCUAUUCUAGCGCAGAAGGGGAACGAUGGUCGUGAACAUGUUAUCGAAUACGCGUCACGCACAGUGCCAGACGAACGCCGAAAUGACUCCGCACCUCAAGGCGAGUGUUAUGCGGUAGUUUGGGGAAUCCAACACUUCCAUCCGUACUUCUACGGACAGAAGUUUCGCCUUGUGACAGAUCACGAGCCUCUGCUAGCUUUGAAAAAGCUCACCAACUACAUGGGCAUGAUUGGCCGUUCGGCGGUGCGACUGCAAGAAUACGACUUUGAUAUCAUCCAUCGAAAGACAGAGCGACACGGCAACGCGGACGGGCUGACACGUCUGCAUCGACCUGCCAAGUGGUCGGCUUGUGUAGAGGGAGCCGCAAAGCGCAUUCCGCCGUCGCAGGAACAAUACUUGGACCCCCGAACGGUUCGCGAUCCUGCCUUCUUCAGGCACCCCACAUCGGAGCAGUUCGCUGCCAUUCGAGAAGAAGAGGAGGAAGAGGAGAGCAUCGGGAGUGACGAAGACGAAGACGCGCGGGAGGAAGGCGGGGAUAGCGACGAAGAGCUAGGUGAAGAAGACGAAACCCCCGAAGAAGGAAGUUAUAGUGAGCAUAGCGAGGGGGAACAGAGUGAGGAAGAAGAAGAGGAUGAGGAAGGAGAAGAGGAGCACGAAGAAGAACCUGCGGGAUCGAAAUGGGAAGCCGUGUCGGAAGAAGCGCUGCGUACGGGUACAGAGGCUGAGGACCCCGAUGCGGCCCGCAAAAGAGAAGAGAUCGUGGCCGGGAACAAAGGGUUAGAGCUCGCAAGCGCGGCGAGCCUGCAGAUCCGCGACGACCCAAACCAAGAUCCGGAGCCGCCCCGACUUGAAGAUGGCGACCUCGCGGCCACGACUCCGACCCCAUCAGCGCGGCGACGGAGCCGAUCCCCCUCCUCCCCGACCCGUCCCCCAGUUCGCCGACGUACCGAUACGGGCGAUCGGCCUUCGUCCCCGAUCACUCUCUCACCGUCCCCUUGACUACCUCACCCUCCGCCAGCUCACCACCCCCGUCACGUUCCCCUCCAAUCCGUUUCCCCGCGACACCUUCCGCCACUUC